AUGACUGAAAACGAGGAUCUUCUGGCUAAGAUCGGCCAACUUGCAGGCCAAAUCAAUCGACACAAGUCACAAGAGACUCAACCAACUAACACACAAUCUCAAUAUGUAUCUCGCCAUGCCCCCUCACACCAAGGAUGGGCACCUUACUAUCGAGGACGUGGUCGAGGCCGCGGUCGAGGAACAGGAGCUCCACACAGACACCGUACCCUUGUAUUGAACAACACGGGCUCUGGAUCUAGUGCUGGCGGCGCCCCUUCAGCCACCCCGACAAGCGCCUACGAAGGACCUACGCCAACUUCCGCAACCUCGACCGGCAACGGAUGGAUUGCAAAGCGCGAUCGUCAUAUGCAGCUGAUCAACUCUUCUAUUUACGAAAAGGAGACACAGGCAAGGUCUAAGGCAAUGGAGGAGACACGCAAAUUCAGGGAGCAGAAAAAGGCAGAGCGCCAACAAGCCAAGGUACUUCGCUACGCGCAGGGCCCUGGCGGUGUUGCGACAGUCACAACCUCUGCGCACGCUACAGGUGGCCAUGAAAUCAUGGUCAACGAUGUCGCUUUCAAAGUUGGACGAGGUGGCAGCAAAUUGAUUCGUAUCUCGAGUACGUACCCCUUCGACCUUGUGUUCGCAUCGAAUCGGCUCACCUUUAAAGAUGACCCUAGCACCGCCAACAACACACCCAAGAGAGUCACAGUUGCCGGCGUACCCUUCGUGCGCAGCAAGAACGGUAACUUGCACCGCCUUGGUGCCGUGGCUUCGAAGAAGCCCCACACCGCUAAGAAACGCGACGAGCUUUGCAAAAGAUUUACAACGACCGGCACAUGCUACAAAGGCCCCACUUGCCUCUUCACCCACGAUCCAAGCAAGGUUGCCAUUUGCAAGGACUUCCUUCAAACCGGCCAAUGUGCCGCAGGUAGUAGCUGUGAUCUAUCCCAUGAACCCUCCUCUCACCGUUCCCCCGCUUGUAUGCACUUCCUUAGAGGUCGUUGUGCCAACCCGGAGUGUCGCUACGCCCACAUCCGAGUGACACCAGGUGCCCCUGUCUGUCGUGCAUUCGCAACAUUAGGAUACUGCGACAAGGGAGACUCUUGUGAAGAGAAACAUGUCCACGAGUGCCCUGACUAUGCCAACUCUGGUGCCUGCAACAAGAAGCGUUGCCAGCUGCCGCAUGUUGACCGCGCUGGUCAAAUCCGCAAGGCAGCAGCAGCAGCGGCUGCCGCCGACCAGGGCGAAGAUGAGUCUGAUGCUUCUAGCGAGGAGGAAACUUACGAUGCCAUCGAUUCCGACGAUGUUGACUCAGAUGAGUAUGACGACUUUGCUGAAGAGCUGAUUGAAGGCGUGGAUAGCGGCGAAAUGUCGCAACAGCAAGAUUUCAUCGCCUUCUAA